AUGGAUGUCGCAUACGACCACAUCCAAGAAGAAGCGCUCUCACCCGACGAAGCCAAAGCCGCAUCAUCCUCGUCCUCCACAACCCCUCAAACUGCUACCAAUCUCAAUAUCGAAUUCCAAGAAGCAUUCAAAGCGGUAUCGUCUUCGCCAUGGGGAGCAAAACUCGGCGGCUGGUUUAGUCAAGCGCGCAAACAGGGCGAAACAUUCUACCAAGACUUGCAGAAGGAGGCCACGGAAGCGGGUGAGCAGGCUACGAAGGGCUUCACAAGUCUUAGAGAGCAAGUCGUGCAAAGAACGAGAGGAUUGAGCUUGAAUGCUGCGUCAGGGCCGGAAGUGCCAGUCCCCGGAGAGGAAGCUCUGCCUUUGCCAAACAAGGCUGCAGAGAAGCAAGCAGAGGCGGGAGGAGAGCAGACCAAAGAAGGCGAGGAUAAGCCUGAGAGCCUGCCAGUGGAUAUUGUCAAAGAGGCCGGCAGUCUCGUCGCUAGUCUGCGAUCACUCGGUGCGGCCAAGCUCAAAGAUCUACAAAAAGCGGAAGAUGCUGCGGACGAAGCACUCCUCAAAUUCGGCACCAAUGUGCGGAAUUUCCUGCGUGAUGCCGUGACCAUUACAGGCCCCGAAAAUUACAAUGGGUCGUCUGCGGAGGUGUUGUUUGAGACACAGGAGCCUGGUACAGGCAAAAAGAUCUUCCAUACUACCAGGUUAGAUGCACAAUUGCACGCCAUUCACAGCUCUGCAUCGAGCUUUACCGAUGAUCCGCAAGGUGGAGCGUGGAAGUCAUGGCAAGAGAGCUUUGAUGUCGAGAAGCAAACAGAUGCGAUUGCAAAGGAUUUGGAGCAGUAUGAGGAGCUCAGACGAGCAAUGGAGAAACUUGUACCGGAGAAAGUGGAUUACCGAAUGUUCUGGAUGCGGUACUACUUCUUACGGAAAGCGAUCGAGGCAGAAGAGCAGAAGCGGAAAGAGGUGCUCAAGGGUGCAGCCGCAGAAACCGAAGAAGAAGUUGCCUGGGAUGACGACGACGAUGAAGACGCGUCUGCUACGCCGAACACCAACAUCGGCGCCAACAAGCAAGCCUCCGAGUCCACCAAGACCCUCAAUGCAACCUCAAACGACCAUCUGAAGCCAAAGGAGCCCCGACGGAGCGAAGACGAGAACAAGUCUGUAGCCGAUUCAGAUGCGAGUUAUGACCUCGUCUCUGGAACAACGUCUCGCGCGACUGGCAGUCCGAAAGAGCCGAAGAAAGAUAUCAAGGAUGAUAGUGAUGAUGAUUGGGAGUAG